UAUGGCCUCACAUGUGCAAGUUUUCUCCCCUCACACCCUUCAAUCAAGUGCCUUCUGUAGUGUGAAGAAACUGAAAGUGGAGCCGAGUUCCACCUGGGACAUGACUGGGUACGGCUCCCACAGCAAAGUGUAUAACCAGAGCAAGAACAUCCCGCCUUCUCAGCCAGCCACCACGACCGUCAGCACCUCCUUGCCGAUCCCAAACCCAAGCCUACCUUACGAGCAGACCAUCAUCUUCCCAGGAAGCACCGGGCACAUAGUCGUAACAUCAGCAAGUAGCACUUCUGUCACGGGGCAAGUCCUCGGCGGACCACACAACCUAAUGCGUCGAAGCACUGUGAGCCUUCUUGACACCUACCAAAAAUGUGGACUCAAGCGCAAGAGUGAGGAGAUUGAGAACACAAGCAGCGUGCAGAUCAUCGAAGAGCAUCCACCCAUGAUUCAGAAUAAUGCCAGCGGGGCCACUGUAGCCACUGCCACCACGUCCACUGCCACCUCCAAAAACAGUGGCUCCAACAGUGAAGGAGAUUAUCAGCUGGUGCAGCAUGAAGUGCUGUGCUCCAUGACCAACACCUACGAGGUCUUAGAGUUCCUGGGCCGAGGGACGUUUGGGCAAGUGGUCAAAUGCUGGAAACGGGGCACCAAUGAAAUUGUGGCCAUCAAGAUUCUGAAGAACCACCCGUCCUAUGCCCGACAGGGUCAGAUCGAAGUGAGCAUCCUGGCCCGGCUGAGCACAGAGAGCGCCGACGACUACAACUUUGUGCGGGCCUACGAGUGCUUCCAGCACAAGAACCACACGUGCUUGGUCUUUGAGAUGUUGGAGCAGAACCUCUAUGACUUUCUGAAGCAGAACAAGUUUAGCCCCUUGCCCCUCAAGUACAUUCGCCCGGUCCUCCAGCAGGUGGCCACAGCCCUGAUGAAACUCAAAAGCCUAGGUCUUAUCCAUGCUGACCUCAAGCCAGAGAACAUCAUGCUGGUGGAUCCAUCCCGGCAGCCAUACAGAGUCAAGGUCAUCGACUUCGGUUCAGCCAGUCACGUGUCCAAGGCUGUGUGCUCCACCUACCUGCAGUCCCGAUACUACAGGGCCCCUGAGAUCAUCCUUGGUUUACCGUUUUGCGAGGCGAUUGACAUGUGGUCCCUGGGCUGUGUCAUUGCAGAGCUGUUCCUGGGUUGGCCGUUGUAUCCAGGAGCUUCCGAGUAUGAUCAGAUUCGGUAUAUUUCACAAACACAGGGUUUGCCAGCUGAAUAUUUAUUAAGCGCAGGGACAAAGACAACUAGGUUUUUCAACCGUGACACAGACUCGCCGUAUCCUUUGUGGAGACUGAAGACACCAGAUGACCAUGAAGCAGAGACGGGGAUUAAGUCAAAAGAAGCAAGAAAGUACAUUUUCAACUGUUUAGAUGACAUGGCCCAGGUGAACAUGACGACAGAGUUGGAAGGGAGUGACAUGUUGGUGGAGAAGGCAGACCGGCGGGAGUUCAUUGACCUGUUGAAGAAGAUGCUGACCAUAGAUGCUGAUAAGAGAAUCACGCCAAUUGAAACCCUGAACCACCCCUUUGUCACCAUGACACACCUACUCGAUUUUCCCCAUAGCACACAUGUCAAAUCAUGUUUCCAAAACAUGGAGAUUUGCAAACGUCGGGUGAACAUGUAUGACACAGUGAACCAGAGCAAAACCCCUUUCAUCACGCAUGUGGCCCCCAGCACCUCUACCAACCUGACCAUGACCUUCAACAACCAGCUGACCACUGUCCACAACCAGGCUCCCACCUCCACCAGUGCCACUAUUUCCUUAGCCAAUCCCGAAGUCUCCAUACUAAACUACCAAUCUACACUCUACCAGCCCUCAGCGGCAUCCAUGGCUGCAGUGGCCCAGCGGAGCAUGCCCCUGCAGACGGGAACAGCCCAGAUUUGUGCCCGGCCUGACCCCUUCCAGCAAGCUCUCAUCGUGUGUCCUCCUGGCUUCCAAGGCUUGCAGGCUUCCCCCUCAAAGCAUGCUGGGUACUCAGUGCGAAUGGAAAAUGCGGUGCCUAUUGUCACUCAAGCCCCAGGAGCUCAGCCUCUUCAGAUCCAACCAGGUCUGCUUGCCCAGCAGGCCUGGCCGAGUGGGACCCAACAGAUCCUGCUUCCUCCAGCAUGGCAGCAGCUGACUGGAGUGGCCACCCACACAUCAGUGCAGCAUGCGACUGUGAUUCCCGAGACCAUGGCAGGCACCCAGCAGUUGGCCGACUGGAGGAACACGCAUGCGCACGGCAGCCAUUACAAUCCCAUCAUGCAGCAGCCCGCGCUAUUGACUGGUCAUGUGACCCUCCCAGCCGCCCAGCCCUUAAAUGUGGGUGUGGCCCACGUGAUGCGGCAGCAGCCAACCAGCACCACCUCCUCUCGGAAGAGUAAGCAGCACCAGUCAUCUGUGAGAAACGUCUCCACCUGUGAAGUGUCCUCCUCCCAGGCCAUCAGCUCCCCUCAGCGAUCCAAACGUGUCAAGGAGAACACACCUCCCCGCUGCGCCAUGGUGCACAGCAGCCCAGCCUGCAGUACCUCCGUCACAUGUGGGUGGGGCGACGUGGCCUCCAGCACCACCAGAGAGCGGCAGCGACAAACGAUUGUCAUCCCUGAUACCCCCAGCCCCACAGUCAGCGUCAUCACCAUCAGCAGCGACACAGAUGAGGAGGAGGAACAAAAACAUGCCCCCACCAGCACUGUCUCCAAGCAAAGAAAAAAUGUCAUCAGCUGCGUCACAGUCCACGACUCUCCCUACUCGGACUCCUCCAGCAACACCAGCCCCUACUCUGUGCAGCAGCGCGCCGGGCACAAUAACACCAACGCCUUUGACAGCAAGGGGACCCUGGAGAAUCAUUGUACUGGCAACCCCCGAACCAUCAUCGUGCCCCCCUUGAAGACCCAGGCCAGUGAGGUGUUGGUGGAAUGUGACAGCCUGGGGCCAGUCAACACCAGUCACCACUCGUCCUCCUACAAGUCCAAGUCCUCCAGCAAUGUGACCUCUACCAGCGGUCAUUCUUCAGGGAGCUCGUCGGGAGCCAUCGCCUACCGGCAGCAGCGGCCAGGCCCCCAUUUCCAGCAGCAGCAGCCCCUCAAUCUCAGUCAGGCCCAGCAGCACAUGGCCGCAGACCGCACCGGGAGCCAUCGACGGCAGCAGGCCUACAUCACUCCCACCAUGGCUCAGGCUCCGUACACCUUCCCACACAACAGCCCCAGCCACGGCACUGUCCACCCCCACCUGGCUGCCGCUGCCGCCGCCCACCUCCCCACCCAGCCUCACCUCUACACCUACACAGCGCCUGCAGCCCUGGGCUCCACUGGCACCGUGGCCCACCUGGUGGCCUCCCAAGGCUCGGCUCGCCACACCGUGCAGCACACUGCCUACCCGGCCAGCAUCGUCCACCAGGUCCCCGUGAGCAUGGGCCCCCGGGUCCUGCCCUCGCCCACCAUCCACCCGAGUCAGUAUCCAGCCCAGUUUGCUCACCAGACCUACAUCAGCGCCUCGCCAGCCUCCACCGUCUACACUGGAUACCCACUGAGCCCUGCCAAGGUCAACCAGUACCCUUACAUAUAACCACGGGCCUGGGGAGGGGAGGGAGGGAGGCUGCUCCUGGGACCCUGGG